CCCACCUCCAUCUACGAUCGCAUCUCUGCUGCCGUAGGCCCAUCCGUCCUGGGUACAGAAUGACCUCCGUUACGACCAAGACAUUUGUCGUCGGCACGAAUGACGUCUCCGGCCGUACAGCACGACGAAUCGUAAUAAACGCAGAAAUAGUUAAGACAACGAAACUUUGCGCCGGAGAUGCUAUUGCCAUACUCUCAGACGACCCUCAGGUCACUACCUUCGCUGUGGGCGUCGUGUGGCCCUCAACAGACAUAUCACACGACACUAUUCUCAUUUCAAAGUCCCUGCUCCUGACCGCACAUCUGACCCCCGGAGCAAAGGUCCAACUACACCCGCUGACUGGUGGCAGACCGCAUCCGCACCUCCCACAGCUGAAGAGUGCCCAAGCCGCGCGCACGAUUCGCGUGCGCGAAGUCCUUCUCGAAGCAUCUUCUUCCCCUGCCGAUCUGCGACACAAGACGCAGCCCACGCCGCCGAGCCAUGAAAGCAGCCCAGAGAAGCGGCGUGACUGGCUGACGCUCCUGGUCAGAGAGGUACUAGUCGAUCAGAAGUACCUCACGCCCACGCAGAUAGUGGAGCUGUCUUACGAGGGCCGGCGCCGGCGGUUUGCCGUCUCCGCUGUCAACGCGGAAGGCGAAGAUGGCAGGGCGGGCGACCUGACAGAGAGUCUGGCGGUACUGUCCUUAUCAAAGGAGAGAAAACCGCGCCUAUGGACGGUGGACUGGAACGUCACCGUCCGCCUAGAGCGCGACGACGAUAAUGCCGACACAGCAAAAACGGGACUCGGCAAGGGUAUCGAGCGCAAUGUCGACCCCAACGCCUACGCCGCGGUCGGCGGCCUCGACAAACAGAUUGCACAGAUACGCGACCUCAUUGAGAUACCCCUCACGCGGCCAGAGCUCUUCCGCCGCUUCGGGCUGAAACCGCCUAGGGGGAUUCUCCUCCAUGGCCCACCCGGCACAGGCAAGACCCACCUCGCGCGCGCCAUCGCGGCCUCGACACGCGCCUCGCUCCUCACCGUCAACGGCCCCGAGCUCUCGUCCGCCUACCACGGGGAGACGGAGGCGAAGCUACGCGACGUGUUCGCUGAGGCGCGCGAGCGCGCGCCGUGCAUCGUCGUGCUGGACGAGGUGGACGCGCUCUGCCCGAGGCGCGAGGACGGUCCUGGCGGGGAGGUCGAGAAACGCGUCGUCGCGCAGCUACUGACGAUCAUGGACGGGAUGGAGGCGGAGGGGAAGGAGGAGAGGGUUGUCGUGGUCGCUACGACUAACAGACCGAACGCCAUUGACCCUGCUCUACGUAGACCGGGGCGGUUUGACCGCGAGUUCGAGAUCGGCAUCCCUGACGCGGAAGCACGCUUCCACAUCCUCACUGUCCUUCUCUCGAAGACUCCCCACUCAAUCUCGCCAGACAAUCUCCGCGCAGUUGCCGCGAAGGCUCACGGAUACGUCGGCGCGGACCUCAGCGCCGUCGUGCGCGAAGCCGGCACACUCGCCAUCAAACGCUGGCUCGCCUCCUUCCCCUCCUCCACUUCUACCGCCACCGCUCCCUCAGACACCGCCCUACCUGCACCGGAGCUUACCCUCCCCGACCUUGUCAUCGCCCUCCCGACCAUCCGCCCGUCCGCGCUGCGCUCGCUCCUGCUCGACCUCAACCCCGUGCGGUACACCUCUAUCGGUGGGCAGGCGCACACCAUCCAGAAGCUGCGCGAGUGCGUCGAGUGGCCGCUGCUGCACCCGGAGGCGUUCGCGCGGCUCGGGGUGCACCCGCCGCGGGGUGUGCUGCUGUACGGCCCGCCGGGGUGCAGCAAGACGCUGCUCGUGCGCGCGUGUGCGACGGAGAGCGGGGUGAACUUCUUGGCUGUGAAGGGCCCCGAGUUACUGAACAAGUACGUCGGCGAGUCCGAGCGCGCCGUCCGUGAGAUCUUCAGCAAAGCCCGCGGAGCCGCGCCGUCCCUGAUCUUCUUCGAUGAGAUCGAUGCCCUCGCGACCUCCCGCACGUCCUCGGACACCUCUGGCGGCGCGCACGAAGGCGUGCUCACCUCGCUGCUCAACGAGAUGGACGGCGUGCAGGAGCUCGUCGGAGUCACCAUCGUCGCGGCGACGAACCGCCCCGAGGCGCUCGACUCCGCGCUGAUGCGCCCCGGCCGGCUCGACCGCAUCCUCUACGUCGGCCCGCCCGACGCGCAGGGGCGCGAGGAGAUCCUGAGGAUACGCACGGCGAAGAUGAGCGUCGAGUCUGGCAUGGACCAUGCGGUGCUCGCGCAGAUGACUGAGGGAUGCUCUGGCGCGGAACUUGCUGCACUAUGCCAGGAAGCAGCGCUUAACACGAUGAAGAUGGACAUGAACGCGCCCUUCGUCCCUUGCACCGCAUUCAUGGAGGCUGCGAAAGCGAUAAAGCGACAGAUCACACCAGACGUUGUCGCCAAGUACGAACGAUGGAGAGACCAGAGCGCUGUGGGAGAAGCAUAACACGCUGCUCAGGUUCAGCUAGGACUCACCACCACUAGAGCAAAAACAGAGACCGAGUGUGGGAGCUCAAUUGUAUGAGUAGUAAGUUACACCAUGGCUACCUUCGUUCUACGAUAUUGUUUGGGGAUGCGCGUGAUAGCGAUGCGAUUAUGUGUGGUCUACUAUUGAUACAAACUUUGCGUGCGAUGACUGCCAACUUCCAAUUUCCAAUGUCUCCAAUGUUUCAACCGUUACGUCGUGAAUCGUUUCAGACUACAGGGUCUGCGCAACCUAUCAGCAUCCGUCUAGCCCUCUA